GCAAACGCGCAACAGCAAACCAAUCCAAAAUCAGAAAUUAACAAAAAAAAAAACAAAAACGAUCCGCGUGAAAUUGUGAAAUACAUUUUUUGGCCAUAGAAAAUUUUGACAUGAUUGCGAUUAAAAAUCCACAAAGUGAACAAAUCAAAAGGCCUACAGCAAUUGCAAGUUGGAACAAAUAACCCAAAGAAAAAGAGAGCAAGGGGAGAAAGCCAAGUGAAAACUAAUUAAAAAGUGAAGAAAUUUCAAACCAAAUUUUUGGUAGCUAAAGAAAUGGCGCAAGAUCUGUGGACUUUCUUUGUGCUGCUGCUGGUGUUGCUGCUGCUGUCGAUAUCCAUCGAGGCAAUGCCAUCCACUUAUCAGCUGAAUCAGCGCUGCCCGUACCAAAGCCAAUGCGAUCCUUCGAUCAAUUGGCAGCACAUCCGCAGACUGGAGAGCUAUGUGCGUACAGAUGUGGAUCCCUGUGUGGAUUUCUAUGCCUAUGCCUGUGGCAAUUGGCGGCGCAUUCACGGCGAAGGUGGCACAGCGACAACGAUAAGUGAGGUACAGAUUAAUCAACGCUUUGAGGACCUAUUUCUGCGUCUUCUGCAAGAUCCACUGGCACCGGAACAUGGCUAUCCCAUGCAACAGAAACUGCUGACACACUAUCAGAGCUGCACGGCUCUGAGGAGCCCCAAUUUGGGGCAGUAUCUGCAGCUAUUGCCACCACUGCCCUCGCUGAAUACCUCGCACUGGAUGCAGCUGGUCUCUAUCCUGGGUCGGUAUGGCUAUCACGAUCAUUUUGUGCAGAUCGAGGUGCGGCAUCACAACAUCAGCCAGCACAUGAUCUUCAUACAGCCGCACAAUCACAAUCUCAGUCUGAAUCUCACGCAGCAGAUCUAUGAGGCACUGCCACAGCGGAAUUUGGAUUUUCUGCAGCUCAAAGAGAUGUUUGCUACACUGGAGGCACAUCUCAAUCGACUGGCCAAGCCCAAUAUUGCGGAUGAUAGUUUUCACAACCUAACGCUGGAGGAGAUUCGUAGAAGAGUCCCGGAAUUGGAUUGGUUGGGCGCCUUGAAGCGACAGCUCAAUCGUUCAGCGGUGAACGCUGAUCAUUCGUUUCAGGUGGACGAACUGUCGGCCAUUAGGCAGCUGAUAUUGUAUCUCAAUCGGCAGGACAGACUGCUGUUGAAUCUGUACAGUCUGGCUAGAUUUCUCAGUCAUCUGCUGCAGCUGCCACACAAUCCAUUGGGCAGCCUGUCCGCGUCUCCUUUGGCGUCAUCGAAGUCCCUCUCCAUUGCCUGCAUUCGUCACAUGCGUCGCACCCUCUAUUUGCCCAUGAUUUAUGCCUACGAGCGGGUGUACUAUGCACGGCAGCGACCAUCCGAUGAGCGUGUCAUCCACAGUGUCUUCACAGAGCUGAAGGAUCAGCUGGUGCGUACGCUUGAUCAGAACAACUUCAAUCUAAACCGCGGCCUGGUGGAGGCGCUGCAGACAAAGGUGCUGGGCAUGCGCCUGAAUGUGGGCAAUGUGCCCAGAAAUGUCACAGAGGAUUUCUUUUGGGCUGCCGACAGCAGCUGGACGGUGGGUCGCGACUUUCACGAGAAUCAUCUGAACAGCCUGCUCUACUACUAUGCGCUGACGGCCAAGCUGGAGGAUGCCAAUCCGGAUGCCGCAGAGAAGGCCAUUUGGUACAGUUUCAACAAUCAUUCGCCCGAUCUCACGGACAAUAUCGAUGCCACGCCCUACUUUUAUUGUCUGGGCAAUAUCAUCAUCAUUCCGUACUCGUACGCUCAGCUGCCGUUCUACCAUUCGGAAUUGUGGCCCGCCAUGCUCUACGGGGAUCUGGCCAACACCUUGGGCCACGAGAUGCUGCACGCCUUCGACACGGAUCUGGUGGACUACGAUGUGCAGGGUAAUAUGCGUGACUACGGCGAGCAGCUGCAACAGCAGCCGCUCUAUGUGGAGGCUGUCAGGUGCCUGAACGACAGCUCUGUGGUGCUGAAUGAACGCACUUCGGAUGUCAGUGGAUCCCGCCUGGCAUUUCGCACCUACAUGAAGGAUGCCCAGAGCAUCCGGCAGUCGAAUGGCAGAUACUAUUUCCUGCAGUUCUCGCAUUUCUUUUGCGGUGACGAGGGCGACAGAUACCAUGACAUGGGCAGCACGCGCCUCAAUUAUGCCUUGAGUCAAAUGCCCGAGUUUUCCGAGUACUUUCAGUGUGCCAGGGGCACGCCCAUGAAUUCUGCCCAGCAAUGCCAGUUUUGGUAGCCAAUCUAUAGUAUAUAUGUAUAUAUAUAUAUAUAUAUAUAUGUAUCGAUUAGUAUAUUUAGCAUUUAGUUUAUUGUUUAGCCGGUGCAUAGCUUUAAUUAGUUGCCUCCCCCCCCCCACAACAACAAAACAACCCCACACCCUCUCAAGUAUUGUGA